UGUGCUGAGCAAAGGCCAGAGCCCCAGAAGAAAACAAGUGUGGACUCAGCGAAGCUGCCCUCACCUGGGUGCGAACCCCGCCGGCCCGGGGUUGAGGGGGGACCGGUGGGCUGUGUGAUAUGGCAAUGAGCCCCGUGCUGUCGGAGUUCCUGCGAGAGCUCCCAGGCUGGUUCCUGCUCUCGGGCAUCUUCCUGCCCGUGACUUUGCUGCUGUUCCUUCUCAUUGCCUACUUCAGGAUCAAGCUGAUGGAGGUUAAUGAAGAACUGUCACAGACUCCUGAUCACCAGCACAAUCGUAAGGCUAGCUCUUCCCGGUACCAGAGAAAGAAACAGACGUGACUGUUGGGGACUGAUCAACGGCUAAAGCACAGUCAAUUUCUACUGGUCGGAGAGCAACGGUCAAUGGCUUAGCAAAUAGUUAAUAAACUAGAACCACAGCAAGACAAAAAGAACACUAAGAUGCUUGUUCUGAAAAGUGGUUCAGGAGGACAGCUAUGAGACUCGACUUAAAUAGCAGUUCUUUGGCGAGUCCCAAGAAUGUAAGAUUUUGUUGGAUGUGCUCUAUGCACUAGGCACACUGUAACUUUUUAACUUUUAUAGGACUAUGUCUACUCUGAAGGGCACUAUUUUCAAACUAAAAUUCUUAAGCAUCAUUAUUACAUAAUCCCGUGGAAGCCCGCAUUAUUCUGACUUUGGAGGUGAAGAUACUCUGGUAGAGAUCAAAUAAAUAGCAAAAGAUGAGCGCCUGUGGAUUCCUGCUGUGAGAGUUCCCACUUCCUCCCUUGAAGUUCGGCAACACUGAAAUGACACCUUUUAAGGCAUCAUUUCUGGCCCUUGGUUUACUUCUCCCCUUUUCCCAAUUGCUUUCACAAAUCGCAUCAUCAUUGUGAGAACCCACAAAACAAGCAGAGUCUCUCGAUACUCGGUAUGCAUCACCAUGAAAGUAGUUUUCAGCAUGACAUGACUUGGAAAUACUGGCAAUUUGGUGGGAAAAGGAAAGAACAUCAAGUUCAUGGGACUCAUAUGGAGAAUAACUCAAGACUUUGCCUCUAAACCAAAACACCGGGGAGCUAUUUCUAAAUAUGGAAAGAAGUCAACGUUUCACUAGCACAAUUCUUCUUUCAGUGGGAACCCCAAAUAGCCAAACUAGAUAACUGAAAAGAAACAUUUAAUUCAAAGUAGUAGUUCAAAUAGAUUGUGAUUACUACCGGGCUCUUCACAGUUUUCCUAGCUAACAUUAACAAAAGACACUUAACAUGUCCUAAGUGUAAGUCUGAUUGUAUUCUUAUGUUUGCAUAUGAAUCCAACAGGCUAUUAGACAGAUUAACUUUAUAACACAUAAUGAAUUUGUUCACCUGUAAGAAAUGCACCAAUUUCUGCAGUGACAUACAAACAUGCAAAAGAUUGUUUGGCCGACCCAAAGCAAGAAUGCGCCACUAGUGCCAGAUAUUUUCUGUUUCUCUCCCCCUCCCCCAGUCUCAAAUUCUUCAUAUGCAUCCAGUGAGUUAUUAGUCUCCAUUUGCACUUCUUGCAUAUCAUAAAACUCACUGUUCAACUGGAGACACUCAUUUCUGUAUUUUAUGGCAUUUGAUUACAAUGAAAAUGUCUCCUGGGGCUUCCAGACUGAGGUAAUUUAGAAUAAGUGUGCAUGCCAUAUGGAAGGAAUGACAAUAUUCUUUCAAUUCUGAGAGGGAUCUCUUUUUAGCCUCUGGUGGAAAUCAGCUUAUGUAAAAUGCUUUCUUGGACAGAAGGUGGGGAAAGGAUGCAUCGUACUCCCAGCUGCCGGCCAAAUCUGUGGCUCAGCCACCAGGGUUUGCUCUACCUUCUUCUGGAAACAGGCACAACAGAAGCCUGACUGAUGCGUUCCACCACCUCUGCCUUACCAGGGAAAAUGCAUCUCAGCUGCUAUGGUAACAGAGGAGCUCGAAACAUACAUGUUCUCAACAUAAACAAGUUGUGUAAAGCAAGACCUGAUUCCUUUGUUGCUGCUGAAUGAGAUGAGUACAAAGAAUGUCCAUUGAAAUCAUGAGUAGAGUCAUGAAUGCUCUUUAUGUGUAGAGAGGAACAGAAACGUUAGUUUUCCUACAGAGAGACCAAGUCCCAGAAUUUUUCUACCACCUGCUUGAAGGCACUGUACUGGACUUGACUAGUCCCUCACAGAGCGCAGCCCAUCAGCUGCCCGGUCACGUCUCUGCUCUCCACCUGCUCAAAGUCCAGGGUAAGAGUUCCUUCCGGUUUGGACUGCCUGCUUCCUUGUCAUUGCUGCUGCCACCUAGACCAGGCUGGUGGGCUCCUUACCUCAUCCUACACUCUGCUUCCUCCUGUGCUCCAAAGCCUUUCAUCAGGGGCCCAAAACGUUCCUAAGUGGUUUCACCUCAACACUUCCUAACCUUAUUUCUAAUGUUCUAGUAUCUGAACGAACUCCCAAUUCUGUUUCCCCAACAUGAGACCUUCAAUAAAAUACUUUAAUGGGUGUUGUAAGUUCUGUUA